AUGGGAGAGAAUCCUCCUCAACCAUUGUUAAGAGACUAUGACCACCCCAACGCAUUCCAACUUCGGAGUGGCAUACGUCUUCCCACCACAAAUGCAAACAACUUUGAACUUUCACCUCAACUCAUCCGUAUGAUUCAAAGCGAUCAAUUCGGAGGUAGUCCUCAUGAGUGUCCUUUUGCUCAUUUGGACAACUUUCUUGAGUUGUGUACAACUAUCAAGCAAAACAACAUUUCGGAAGAGUUCAUCCGUAUGCACAUGUUUCAAUUCUCCCUCCGUGAUAAAGCAAAACAUUGGUUGAGAACGGUUGAAGAGGGAUCAUUGAGUACAUGGGACGAAGUCACUAGAGCUUUUCUUGGAAAGUAUUGUCCUCCGGAAAAGGCCGCCGAACUAAGAAGAAAGAUCACCAAUUUCAAUCAAGACAUUGAUGAAACAUUGAGUGAAGCUUGGGAGCGUUUCAAAGAUUACACAAGGAAAUGCCCCCACCAUGGUUUUACAUCAUGGAUCAUUGUACAAAGCUUCUAUGACGGUCUUACUCCUAUUUCAAGGGCCAACCUUGAUUCCGGGGCCGGUGGUAGCCUCAAAAAGCUAUCGGUGGACGAUGCAUACAAGAUGAUUGAAGAAGUGGCCAAGCAUUAUGCAUAUGGAGGUGAUAGAAGGCAACCUCAAACAAAGAAGGGCGGAAUUCAUGAUCUUAGUGCAAUAGAUCUUAUUGCAUCAAAGUUUGAUAUGCUAGCUCACAAGCUAGAUCAAGCCACCCUCACACCCUCAAGCUCUUCCUCGCAAGUCAUGUCUUGUGAGACUUGUGGAGGAAAUGAUCACUUGUCCUCUUAUUGCAACUCAACGAAUCAAGAGCAAGCGGCGGCAAUUGGGCAAAGGAAUGAACAAUACUCCCAAUCCCACAAUCAAAGUUGGAAGCCCCAACAUAACACGGGAUGGAAGCAAUACAACCAAGGCCCCCCACAAAAUAACUACAACCAAAAUCAAACCCAACCUCAAAACCACUACAACCAACCUCAAUCACAAAACCAACAAGCUCCAUACCGCCAUCCCAACCAAAGGGAUCAAAACCCACAAAGAUCACAAUAUAACCAACCCGCUCCUCCUCCUCCACCUCCUCAAAAGACUAGCCUUGAGUCCGUUCUUGAAACUUUCAUGACUCAACAAAUAAGGAACAAUGCGGAGAUGAAUGAAAACAUCCAACAACUCCAAGCACAUAAUAAGAUAAUGGAGGGCCAAUUGGCUCAAAUUGCACAACAAGUUGGAAGUUCAUCCUCCAAUCCUAGUGGUCACUUUCCAAGCUCAACGGUAGUGAACCCAAAGGAGCAAGCUAAGGCUAUCACUUUGAGAUCGGGAAGGGGUUAUGAGGGCCCGGUUAUGAGUGAGGAGGAGACACAAAAGAGAGAUGAGGGAGUUGUGGUGAGAAGUGAGGAUGAUUUUGAAAAUGAAGUAGUUGAAGUUGAGAGAAAAGAGCAAAAGAGUGAUGAGGGAGCCACAAAGAAAGACGAGGGAGAUGAAGAAAGAAUAGAAAAGCCCCCUAUGAGAGUAUAUAAGCCCCCCAUUCCGUUUCCUCAUAGAAUUGUAGAGAAGAAGUUGAAUGAGAAGUUUUCAAAAUUUCUUGAAGUCAUGAGAGGACUUCAAGAUCUUCUAUCCAACAAGAGUAGGCUUGAAGAGAGUGCAACCAUCUCCCUUCCUAAGGAGGUGAGUGCAAUCAUCCAAAACAAGCUUCCCCAAAAGCUUGGUGACCCCGGUAGCUAUGCAAUACCGGUGAAGAUUGGAGAUUUGGAAGCUAUGGAUGCUUUAUGUGAUCUUGGGGCAAGUGUGAGCUUGAUGCCCUAUUCUAUUCCAAAGACCUUGAAAGUUGGAGACUUGAAACCAACAAGAAUGUCCUUACAACUAGCCGACCGCACGGUUAGGCUACCUUUGGGGAUUCUUGAAGAUGUGCCAGUUCAAGUUGGAAGAGUAUUUGUGCCGUGUGAUUUUGUAGUAAUGGAGAUGGAAGAAGAUUCAAGAGUACCCCUCAUUUUGGGGAGACCAUUUUUGAACACCGCGGGAGUGGUGAUUGAUAUGAAGGAAGGAAGAUUGACUUUAAAUGUGGGAGAUGAGAAAAUUUCAUUUUCAUUCUCACAAACUUUAAAAAAGCCAUUGAUUGAUGAAGUUCAUAGAAUUGACACAUUGGAGAGGGACUUAGAAGAGUUCGAGAAAGAUUGUAUGAAAGAGAUCCUUUACAAGCUACCCUAA